AUGGGGUUCAUCCCUGCCCGGUGUGCUAUUUGCACAUCAGCUUUUCACUCGGGUAACAUCUCCUGCUUACCUUGUGGUCAUACUUUCCACUAUGCUUGUGUUGUGCAAUGGAUUCAGCAAUCCAAAACGUGUCCGCAAUGUCGUUGUCUAGUCAUAGAGAAGAACGUAAUAAAGCAAAUCUACUUUGAUCUCAUUGAAUUUGAUAAACAUGAUAAAACAAGUGCUGAUGACUAUGCUCAAAAGUGUGAAGAGCUGUCUAUUGAACUGGAGAAGGAAAAGGGAUCUAAAUAUGAGUUGAACCAGAAGAUCAAAGAAUUGCAAAAAAACUGCGAUAACUUGACAGAUUUGCUGGGAAGAGAAAAGAAGAAACUUGAACGCAAGCUCCCUGGUCUCGAGAGCCGUAACAGAGAGCUAGAAAUGCGAUGUCGCGACUAUGACUUUGUUCAAGAGGAGCUUAGAAAAGCGAAAAGUAGACUGGCUGCAGCAGAAUUUUAUCAGUUACUAGCCAAGGGGUCCGUUUCUGACGCUGAGGCCGCUGUGGAUAGAUAUGUGGAUAAAAAUGGUGACCCAAGUUCUAGCCAAUUCAUUAAUCUUUUAAAGAGACAAUUACAAGAGAAUAGGAAUGCCAACACGAAGUUACAGCAGAGUAUUAGAGCCUAUGAAAAAGAUCAUGAAAUCAAAAACAAAAAGUUGGCCUACUAUAAGAAGCUUUGUCAGGAAUUGAAGGCGGAAAUGGAUGAAAUGAGAUGUGCUCAUAACGUGAAUACGCCUUAUAAUCCAAGAUUGAAGAGAGUUUUUGAUAAACAACCUAGGGAGAGAAGACCUUCUUUAGGUUUUGAUGAAUCUAUUGUAAUCCCUGACGAUGUAAUCGACUCGGCGUUUAAAUCAAAACCUGUCAUGGGAAAGAUUCGAAACGCGAAUGAAGAGCAGCAGGAUUCGUUCAAUUUUGAAUAUCAAGGAGAUAUGGACAAAGCUCUUCCUUUUCCAAGCUUGGAUGAAACAUUGGAUACUAGUGCCGAUUUCUCUUUGCCAAAAAAUGUGUUGAAUAGAAUCUCAGCUGGUGCUUCUCUGAGGCAAACUAAUCCACUUGGUAUUGUACCGAAAGGAGCUCAACGUUCGUUGGAAAUGCUUAAGAAUAGAGAAGAUUCUGGAUUUGCUCCUAGGCCGGUGAAAAAGCCCGUAAAAAGAAAGUUCGAACCUACUAACCCCGGGAAUUCUUUUUCCUUUUUCCGUAACUUUUCCAAUGGGAAAUCGGCCUGA